GCAAAACCAUAAAACAAAUACUGGAACCCCCGACACGCACCCUCUACCUGCCCGUGUCUGGUGAUUCGUAUGGAGUCUGUGUUUACUAAGAAGGACAAACAUUCUACGAGGCCUCUGUCCUAGUAUUCACCAGCUGUUGCGCUGUUCAAUUGUAUGGAUCAAUCAUCAACUUCCGAAGACGCUUCCUCGGUCUCGACACCAUCUGUUAACGACAAUGCUGGUCAUGACGUACAAAGCAAUUCCCUUCCCAAUGCUCAACUACCGAAGAUGAUGCUGCUUAGAAGGCCGUCGGCAUCGCAAUCUACCUCAGCUACCAGUACCGCAUCUUCGGUCAAUGUACAGCAAGUCCAAUUUCAACCGCCGGAAAUCGCGAGGCCGCCCACACUUGCAGAACCUGCUGCUGGAGGAAGCGAAACGCCUUCGUCUACUGUAUCGGAGGAUACCGCCGAUCCUCUCCUGAUCGGUGCCAUGGAGAACCCUAAGGAUCGUCUGUUCAUCUUGAAGUUGGAGCAAGAUAUCAGGAUGUUCAUCAAGCAGAACACGUCGGAUUUGACAAUGGAGCUGUCAUCAUCGAACUCUUAUCACCGCCUUUUGGCUCACAGGACGGCGGAUUACUACAGGUUGCUGCAUGUGAAGGACGUUCAGGGUCCGUCGGUGGUGUUAUUCCGAUCGCAAAAGACGAGGAUUCCCGCAGUACGUCUUGCGGAUAUGGCUCCAAAGCCCAAACAAGCGGACGCGGAACAGAAUGCACCAAAGGGCUUGAAGAUUAUGAAACGGCAGACGGGUGACGGACGUUCUGGGACGGCAUCGGCAUCCUCAAGGUCGAGUACCCCAUCACAAAGCGAUGGCAAGGUGUCAAGAGAAGAAAGGGAAGCAGCAUAUCAAGAAGCAAGAGCGAGGAUUUUCAAGGGGAUUGUGGAGUCACCUGCCCCGGAACCCGAGGAGGAAAAGCCUAAGAAGAAUAAGGGCAAGCCGCGACGAGCACAGUUCCAGCCCGAGAAUCAUCAAGGUCGCGGGUCCUUCCCUGGUAUGCCAGGUCAAGGCUACUAUCCUCAGUACGAUGCGUACUAUCAGCAGAUGUAUGCUCAGGGCGGACCCGCCGGUUUCAACCCCAACCCAUCUGCGCAGCCAUUCGUACCAAUGGGCUUUGAUCCCUAUGCCAUGUAUGGAAAUGACAGAAAUCAGUACAUUUCCAACAUGCCUGGCGGGCCGCAGCCUCCACGACAGCAGCAGCCGGGUUUCCCACAAUAUGGACCUCCGCAGUCACAGCAACGAGAAGAGAUGAGGCGGCCAGUCGGCAGGGAGCAGCCAGUACUACCGCCUAUUCAAACAAGCCCUCGACCACGAGGUGGCUCGAGCGGUUCGCCGCAAGCGUUUUCCCCGCUAUUGCCGCCUCCAUCAAGUGGAGAGAACGUAUGGGCACCUCUGGCUGCGUCUACCUAUGCCUCUGCGGCAUGGUCACUGCCGCGACCGCACACCAGUGAUGGGAGCGGUCAUGAGUCAAGAAGAAUGGAUCCGGAUGACGAGGCAAAGGCUAUGAUGGCGAAUCUCUCGAUGGAUGAGAGCAGGCGGGCUACGAAUUUGGUACGGAGCUCGGUAAAGCAGCAGUUGGGCAGACCGUGGUAGAUUGUUUUCCUAGGCUAUCUACGAGCAAUUGAGAAUUAUCGCAUCCACC